AUGGGCUUGCUAAAAAACUUGCCUGAACGCGAUGCUCAAGAUCUUUUCAAGAGAAUCAGGUCUGGUGCAGAUGCUGGGUCAGUCCUUCAGCAGGCUAACGCCGGGGAUGUUAUGCUUCAGAUGGCUGUUGUGCCAGAAACUCGGUAUCGAUAUGAAUUUCCCUACAGAUCAGAUAUGCCCAAAGACUUCCAUGUCGACAAUCCUUACUUGAAUUCUCUGAUAUACCAGACAGCCACUCUUUACUCGUACGAGAACGGUCCAGAGCUCACUUCACCGAGCGGUUUUACCGACCUUGUUUCUGAAGAGCAGAGGAGCAUGUACUUGAAGCCUUUCCAUGCAGCACAAGUUAUCGAACCACUUCUGAAUGAUGCCAAGAUAUCCUCUUGGACUAGUGUCAGUAAGGAUGAUGUACUCAUGAGGGAUCUACUGCGCGUGAUGUUCCGCUGUGAGUACCAAUUUACUGCAGCCUUCCAGAAGGAUCUCUUCCUUCAAGAUCUGGUUGCGGGACGGGAAGACUUUUGCUCGCCCCUUCUCGUCAACGCUGUUCUUGCCUAUGCUUGUGUCUGCUAUCCACAAAUGUCUAAUCGUGUAGAGUAUUGGAAUCCAAACAAUCUGUUAUAUCGCUUCACUGCUGAGGCUAAGCGCUUAUGGGAGCUUGAAGCCAAAGUACCCCGAAUCACCACCAUACAAGCUGGUAUAAUUUUUACUGUAUUCCACAACCUUUGUGGGGUUGAUGAGAUUGGAAAACCCUACAGGCUGCAGGCAGUUGCCCUGGCUCAUCAACUUCGCAUCUUUGAUACUGCUGUGGCAGAUCGGGGUGAGAGACUCCAAAGGGGCAGAGAGUACACUGCAUGGGCUAUGUAUAACUGGGAGACAAAGUUGGUAUCAUGGUCUGCCAGAAUCUCUAACACCGAGGAGAAUAGUUCUCCCAGGACACCUACAACUUCACCUUUGCUCGAUACAGUCAGCACCAGAGAAUCUUCCCCUCAUCACAUGGUCAGCAAUGCCAAGAAGAAUAUGCACACCCUCGUUAGACUCUACUUUCUUCGACACGGCUUUGAAGCCAUGGACCUUUUUAUUGUUGUACCGCUUGUGAUGAUUGGCUUUGAGUCCGCGAAUCUCAUCAACAACGAUACUCCGGCAGAUGAGAUCGAGUCGUUGCGAGCGACACUUAUUCUCGUUGCUCAGGGGCUCUACUAUCAGCGCCGAAACCAUUACCUGGCGCAAGUUCUCUUUCGAGUCAUCCGAGGGAAAAUGCGUCAACAGGAGAUUGGGCUUCUAGAAAGGUCAAUGGCACUUAGGCUAGGCGAUGUUGAUCGCGAUUCGGAAUUGGCUGUUGCUGUGCGAAGUCAAUGGCCGGUCACCACCGUCAAGAAACAAGACGAGAUCGAGUCACGUGUGUUGAGUAACAUUGUUGAAAGCUUUGGCGACAUGAGCGUUGAAGGGGAGAAAUAA